AUGGCCCCCAAAGCUUUCAUUACUGGCGCGACAGGCUACAUCGGUGGUGAUGGUCUCUAUGCUAUUGCUACAGCCCACCCCGAUUGGGAAUUCUCUGCUUUGGUUCGCAACAAGGAGAAAGCUUCUCAACUCACAAGCAAGUAUCCACAAGUGCGGGUAGUACAUGGAGACCUCGACUCGGCCGAUGUCAUCGAAAACGAGGUUAAGAAUGCCGACAUUGUCUUCAACUUUGCUGAUUGUGACCAUGUUGCUGCUGCCCAAGCCAUCGCGAAGGGCGCUCAACACCACACUCCCGAACGUCCAGUAUGGAUAAUCCACACCUCGGGAACAGGUAUUCUGACUGUGGAGGACGGGCGAGCUAAAACAUGCGGCAUUGAGCGGCCCAAGGAAUACAAUGAUUGGGAGGGCGUGAGCGAGCUUAUCAACCUCCCCGCUGACGCGUUCCACCGCAAUGUGGAUGAGAUUAUCAUUAACGCUGGUAAAGAAAACCCGUCAAGCGUUCGGACUGCAAUCGUCUGUCCACCUUGCAUCUACGGUCCCGGCCGGGGAACAGGCAAGACCAAGAGUUUUCAAGUCUAUUUGUUGAGCGCGGCGGUCAUCCAGCGUGGAAAGGGGUUCCUAGUCGGCAAGGGAGAGAACGUGUGGCACCAAGUUCAUGUCCAGGAUUUGAGCAACGUGUACCUGGCACUCGGCAACGCUGCUGCAGAAGGCGGAGGCAAGGCUACCUGGAACGAUGAAGGUUAUUACUUCGCAGAGAACGGCCCUUUCGUAUGGGGCGACAUCCAGCGAGCAGUGGCUCAGGCGGCCUUCGACCAGAAGUAUAUUUCUUCUCCUGAGGUUGAGUCUCUCAAUGGCGAUCAGACUACCGAGAUCUUAGAAGUGGGUACAUAUGCUUGGGGUUCGAACUCGAGGGGUCAUGCCAUUCGGGCUCGCAAGUUAUUUGGGUGGGAACCUAAACAGCCCAAGUUGAUUGAUCUUGUUCCAGAGAUCGUCGCGCUUGAAGCCAAGGCCCUUGGAAAAUAA